AUGUCUAUGAGACAAUAUCCCUCAGGUGCAAAAAAACGUGAUAUUCAUAAGAAAAGAAAAGCAGAAGAUGCGAAAAACGAAGGCGCCUUGUUGACAUUUUUAGCGAAACGACCGGUAACCCCAUCAUCAGAAACUACUCAAACAGAAAUAACAGCUGGUAAUCAAAGUGCAGUCGUCUCGGCAACAGCCAGUAUGGAUUCUGAGUCCUAUCCAACAGAAUUGCCAGAAUCUGAACCGCCGGCUGAAGGUUCUAUAGAGGUCGCGAGUAAUGAAACUGUCGAUAACAACUGUAGUGAAAUUUUGACAGAUAUUGCUAUGUGGCCAGCGAAUUUGACAGAAACCAUGCGUAAUUAUGUUUUGGAUUUCAAACCAAAAAAUAGAGGGCAGGCACGCUUUUUAAGAAGGGUCAUGUUCAAGUGUUCCUACUACAUCAAAAACUUAUUCCUACUACAUCAAAAACUUAAACUAGAUUUUCUGAACAGAAUUCCAAAAUCAAGUGAAACAUAA